AAUGCCUUGAUGUCCUACUUGAAGACACUGAUGUUGUGAAAGCAAUAACAGAGUAUGUCUCUUAUGCAGCUAUUGAGAACUUGGUGGUUGGUGCAACAUCGAGGCAUGGGUUUAUUCGGUAACAUUCAGUAUCUCCAACAAGUUAAUUAAGAUUGGAUUCAUAACUAUUUUUAAAAGGAGAAUAAUUUUGAUAUUAGCGGACAGAGUCCUUUGGUGGAUGCCAACAGAAGCCAACGAAGGCAUUAUAUUAUGCUCAAAGAUAGAACUUCAUAUAAUUAAAUGAUAUUGUGCAGAUUUAAGUCAAGUGCAUCAAGUAGCAUAUCAAAGGGGGCACCGGACUUUUGUAACGUGUCUGUCAUUUCAAAGGGCAAAGUCUCUUCAGUUCGGAAGGCUACUCGCCCAACCUCACAUACAUCACCACUUCUAAGCCAUAUACAUGAUCUAAAUAACCGGGGCAAAAAUCAACAUGAGAUAUCCUCCAGACCUAUGAAUUUGGGAGACAGGACAUCAAUCAAACCUCACGGCUGGCUGGAUGAAUCUAUUAAGUCUCCAUUUGUAAGAGGAAGAGGCAUGGAUGGAAUGUCAUGCAUGGACUUCCCAGAAUCAGAUACAGACAUAUCAUUUGUAAGCUCCGAGAGGCCAAGCAGUGCACGUUCAUCCUCCGUUUAUGACUACAUUGACGUAGGCCGAACUUCUCGAGUUUCUACCAAUUCAGAUCGUAGCUUCGGAUCAACCCGAUUGGGGGCUCUCAAGUUCAACAACCCCAAUUCACCAGAUACGUCAUUCUCACAUGAAAGCAGUGCAACAUCAUUUUCAUAUUCAUUACAGAGCGAGGAUGAAGCAGCAGAAGCUGAUAUGAGGAGGCUGAAGCUCGAGUUAAAGCAAACGAUCAAAAUGUACAGUACAGCAUGCAGACAAGCACUUGCAUCACAGCAUAAGUUAAUGGAGUUGACCCACUUGAGACUUGAGGAAGAAAAAAAAAUACAAGAGGCACGAUUGGCACAGGAAGCUGCAAUGGCAAUUGCAGAGAAAGAGAAAGCAAGAUGUAGAGUAGCCAUGGAAACUGCUGAAGCAUCUAAGAAAAUUGCAGAGGUGGAAACACAUAGAAGAGCGGGUGUUGAAGUUAAAGCUCUUAAAGAAGCAGAAGAAAAGAGGAAGCUAUUGGACAAUCUAGCCCUAACUGAUGUAAGAUAUAGGAGAUAUUGUGUAGAGGAGAUUGAAGCAGCCACAAACUACUUUUCUGAGCUCCAGAGAAUUGGGGAAGGAGGUUAUGGCCCUGUUUAUAAAUGUUAUCUUGAUCACACUCCAGUUGCUGUCAAGGUUCUACGUCCAGAUGCUGCUCAAGGGAAGUCACAGUUUCAGCAAGAGAUUGACAUAUUAAGCUGCAUGAGACACCCAAACAUGGUGCUUCUUCUAGGAGCAUGUCCGGAGUAUGGCAUAUUGAUUUAUGAAUAUAUGGCUAAUGGAAGCUUAGAAGAUUGUCUGUUUAAAAAAAAGAACAAGCGUGUUCUGUCUUGGCAGCUGAGGUUCCGAAUUGCUGCAGAGAUAGGGACGGGCUUACUAUUCCUGCAUCAGGCCAAGCCUGAACCUUUAGUGCACCGUGAUCUGAAACCAGGGAACAUUUUGCUAGACCAGAAUUAUGUGAGUAAGAUAAGUGAUGUUGGAUUGGCAAGGCUUGUCCCGGCUGUAGCUGAAAAUGUAACACAAUGCUGCAUGACAUCAGCAGCUGGAACAUUUUGUUAUAUUGAUCCCGAGUAUCAGCAAACAGGAAUGCUUGGUGUGAAGUCGGAUGUUUAUUCUUUGGGGAUCAUAUUUCUACAAUUAUUGACAGGAAGGGCUCCAAUUGGAUUGGCUCACCAUGCUGAAGAGUCUAUAGAGAAGGAUACCUUCGUGGAAAUGCUGGACCCAUCUGUUACUGACUGGCCUCUUGAACAAGCCUUGUGCCUUGCAAAAAUAGCAGUCAAGUGUGCGGAACUCAGGCGAAAAGAUAGGCCAGACCUUGCCAAACUAGUAUUGCCAGAGCUAGAUAAAUUGAGAGACUUUGCUGAACAAAACAUGACCAUGACCAUGCCCAUCAUUUUAGGAUGCACUACGCCUUCACCCAGCCACAGUGAAGCUUCCAUGCAACAGGAUGUGAUCAGUGACCUGCAGCUUGCACAUUCCGAAAGCUCAUCAGCUCCAUCAACGCCCACAGAAGGAAAACCUUAAACAUAUUCUGUAAUGUCAAAUUGUCUGUUUCAUAUAACAUGCAUGCAAGGCCCCUCUCAAUUCUCAACUAAACUCUAGUACCAAUAGAGCCUAGAGAUAAUGUACACCUUCAACAAUAACUUAUUUUUGUUCAAGGAUGUGUGGGGUGCAAACAUAGGUAGAGUCGGCAUUGCAAUUUUUGUAUUAUCUAAAUAUCUUAGAGAAUGUAAAUCCUUCAUUAUCUAGUUUCUAGUUUCUAUACACUUUCUACAGCCACAAUUCAUUUUCCAUUAACCAGAAUAA